AAGAAAAAUGGCCACUAUAGAUAGGAUAGAUAUACAAAUGGAGAAUGGAGGCUAUUCUUGGAAUCAGGGUCAAGCACGAUGAGGUCUUCCAAGAAAUUCAGGGGCGCAGAAAGCGAGAAUUCAAGGAGGGAGAGAGCGAGAGAGAAGAAAAAGAACUGAUCAGCACAGGAUCAACCCCCAGUCUUGUCUGUCUUGGUCAAGGUGCGACACGUCAAGGCACAAGGAGACGAGUCUGUUCAGAGGGGACGGUUCCGCUUCGUCCGCAGAUACAAGGGCGCUUGUACUUGUCGCUCUUAAGUUGGAUUAGAAGAAAACAAGAUAAAAUGGAGAGAUCCGAGUGGCGAUUUUGUAUGUAAUUUUUGUAGACGUCUCCAAGCCUUCCUUGGUCAGCGUUUGUGGCGGAUGUGACGGAC